AAUCGAUGAGUUCAUAAGUAUGUUAAUCAGGGCAUUACACUCUUUAUUAAGGAAUUUUGGAUUGUACACCAAAUAGCAAUUUUUGUGGAUAAUUUGCUUCAUGUGUAUAAACAACAAUUAAUAAUAAAUUGGGAUGUUGCAGAGAAGACUAUUUGUAUCCUAGUGCAGCAAAUAUAAUUGUCUAUAUUCUCAUAAUCCCUAUAAUAGGAAUUGGAAGCUUAGGAGCUUUAGGAGGUGAGAUUGUAAAAAUAAUACAUUAGGUGGCGUUGUCAAAAGGCCAUUUUUAGAGGCAGCACUAAAUUACAAUUCAGGUCCUUCAGGAAAUAUAACUGCAUGUCUUAUGUUUGGAGCCUAAUUAGUUAAUCAAAUCAUUAUAACAUUCUAGAAGUAUUAAAAUUAUGGAAUUUAAGACAUCCUUAUCAUCCGUAACGUCCUCUAGUAAAUUAUGAAGUAGGAAUGAUAUAUGCUUUGGCUAUACCUCUUGCCAUGUAAUUUGGAUAAGAAUUAGCGAGUUAUAUGCCUCUAUUACCAGUUUUAACAUUAUAAAUGAUGUUUUUUAUUGUCAUUCUUCCAAUUUGCUUAUUAUAUGCAAAAAGACAAGAAAUUGUAGAAUAAGAAAUAGAUGAAGAUUAUACAGAGUCUCAUUAAUCUAUGACAACAGAUUUUAAAGGAUCAAUUUAAGAUGAGGCUUAGGCUGCUUUAAUAUAUAAAUAAUUUUUGGAUGAAUCCCAUUAAACUCUACCUUUAAUUCCAAUUCUUAUUACAUUUGGAAGUUUUGCUGUUAACGAAGCAGUUAUACUUUCACGAUCUACACUUUAUUAAGUAUCACCUUAUUUUAAUGUUAAUGAUUUACCAUAACCAAAAUAAUUAAAUCCAUGUGAUGUUUGGAAUUUCUAUAUGAUGAUAUUAUUAUUUGCAGUUAACAUUUUGAUAACAGGAUCAGUUUUAUUAUUAUUUAGAAAAAAAGAAUUAAUUAAAGAUAGUGUUAGAUAUAAAUUGAAAGAAAGAUAUUUUACUCCUACUAGAAGAUUUUUCAAAAUUUAUGGAGCUGGAUGCGCAACAGGAUUUAUUGCUGGAUUUUUAGGUAUGGCUGCAGGUUUAACUAUGUUUGUAACAAUGGUUUAAUUUGGUUUAGUUGCUGCAUGUGCAGGAGCAACUGCUAACUUUGGUUAUUUUAUUGUAUGUUUAUAAGUUUUUGUAUCAUUAAUGGUAGGAGAUUCAGAUAUGGGGGUUGGAAACUAAUUCUUCUUUUAUGGAAUUGGAGUAAUUUUAUUAUUUAUUAAUUUAUAGAUCGUAGGUGUUCUAGUCUUCACAAAUCUAGGCUAUUAUUAUAUUAACAAAUAUAAAAUUGGGCAUGUCUUAUUUUAUAUUGAUUUUGGAAUUGUUGUUUUAAAUAUGGCUGGUAAUAUUGCAUGGGGAAUAGAAUAAAAUGACAGAUUAGGAUUUACUUAAAUAGUCAAUAUAACGAAUACCUGCUCAUGAUUUUAUUUAUUUA